AUGGCGUUUCUUUUCAAAAGAAACCCAAAAACGCCACAAGAGCUCGUCCGAGCCCUCACCGAGCAGUCUUCCAAGUUGUCGUCAUCGCUGGACAACUAUAAAAGAUACCAGGAUGAAUGUGGCCGCUAUUUGAAACAGAUCAAAGUAGUCAUUUAUGGUGACGAUGAAAAUGAACCACAACCCGAACUGGUUGCUGCGUUGUCACGAGAGAUCCUCAAUUCUGACUGCCUUUAUUACCUUGUUUACAAACUCAAGCACUUGGACUUCGAUUCCCGAAAGGAUGUUGUAGCGUUGUUUCUGACCCUUUUGCGACGACAGGUGGGAAGUUCCGUGCCGGCUGUGGGGUACUUGGUCAAUACAAAACCAGAGAUCCUCGUGUUGCUCCUAAAGGGUCCCGAAAACGACGAAGUGGCUCUUGCGUGUGGGCAAAUUCUUCGUGAGUGUAUCAAGUACGAAGACGUCAAUAAGUAUAUCAUUGACCAUCCAUUUCUUUGGAAUUACUUUCGUUAUAUGCAAAGUCCAGUGUUCGAGAUAGCCACGGACUCCUACACGACAUUUCAUGAUAUACUCACCACUCACAAGAAAAUAGUGUCUGACUUUCUUGCCAACAAUUACGACCGUUUCACAACCAACAUUAACACAUUGAUUCAGUGUGAUAACUACGUAACGAAAAGGCAAAGCGUACGGCUAUUGGCGGAGUUGGUUUUACAACGGCAGAACCAAUAUUUCCUUAACAAGUAUUUUGACGACACAAAUAACCUCAAGUUGGUGAUGCUACUCUUGAGCGAUAAACUGAAAAAUCUCAGAAUCGAAGGAUUUCAUAUCUUCAAAUUCUUCGUUGCCAAACCAAAGAAGUCGCAAAAGAUCCAGGAUAUUCUCAUACGAAAUCGUGGCAACUUUCUUGCCUUCUUCGAGAGUUUUGAUUUCAGUAGUUUCAAUGAUCGAAACUUAAUCGAAGAAAGGGACUACAUAAUCGGUGAGAUUGAAAAGUUGCCGGCUAUCGAGCGAAAGUAA